GUUUCACUUCCUCUUUAUUCAUGGCCAUCGCUUGAACUCGGUAUUUGAAGCAUCAAUAAUCUUGCACCUAAUAUUGCUAUAUUAUUUGGGAAUAUUGGGCAGAGUACUAGGUUUCGAUUCCGAGCUAACUGCGUCAUUACUCAUCACUCAUCCCCAGGCUUCCUGUCUAGCUGUUGUCUGAAACAAACGGAUGGUUGGAGAAGGCAGCGAGUGGGCUGAAAUGUUUCUGAUCUAUUUUUGACAUUUAUUUUGGCAAAGAUAUAUAACCACCUGAACGAAAUAUGGCAGAAGCAAGGGUACGUAGUAAGACAUCAGGAUUGGUGGAAAAGCAAGUGGAAAAAGACGGCGAAUGUUCGAAGCAAGGUGGAGAAGUUUUCAAGCAGUUUUUGUAUGAAAGAGUAGGGAGCGAUUCAAAAGAAGAAGCAAACAAGGAAGACACGAGCGUCAGUGAGAUUCCAAAAUCCGUUCCUAGCCAAAUUGUACAUGAAUUUUCCGACAAGCGUGCAUUGACAGAGGAGCAAAAGCUUGGAAGGGCAGAAGCAAGAACACCUACUGAAGAACCACAAAUGGCUGCAGGGCAAGAAACAAAUGAUGAUGAAUUUGCAAAGCAGACCAGAAAUAUUUUCAAGCAUUUUAUGUACAAAAGGCUAACAAGCCAAAUAGAAGAAGAUGCAAAUGAAGGAGACAUGAGCGUGGGUGAGAUCCCAAGAACAGUUUUUAAUCAAAUAAUACGGGAAUCUGCUGAUGAGGGGGCAUCAACAGAGGAACAAAAGCUUGGAAGGGUGCUGGUUGGCAUGGCAGACAAACUUAAUAAGAAGUACCAUCAUGAGUUUGUUGAGAUGGCAGUUAGUCUUCGACUUACCCCAGAUACAGCUUAUAGUACAUUUGCUAAGAUAGCACAGAGACUCUUUCAAGAUACCAUAAAUUGGGGAAGGAUUGUAGCAUUACUCUUAUUUGGAUACGAAAUAGCAGUAUCUGUAAUAAAGAAAGGAAUGGGAGGAAUACGGAAUUUCUUAAAGAAGAUUGUUAACUUUGUUGUUACCUUCAUUAUCAAGGGACAAAUUGGAAAUUGGAUAAGAGCACAGGGUGGUUGGCUGGCCAUUAUUGAUCCCAGACAUCACAAUCAAGAUAUAUGGCUAACAAGACUUGUUGUUGGAUCUGCAAUGGCAGCCAUUGUUUAUUUCUUUGUUCUUAAAUUUGGUCCAAAAAACAGUUAGAUUGCUAACAAAAAUAAUCCUUCUGUAGUACAGAUUGCCACAAGACAUUAAAAUUUAUGACAAAAUAUGCAUUAGAAGUGCAAGUCAUUAAGAAAGGAAAAAUGUUGUUGGUGGCAUCAAACAGGUAAGCAGUGAGAGCAUUUCUGGGCCGCUUAUAAGGAGAAAGUUUCUCUACUAUUUAUCCAUCAAUUUUCUCCCACUGGGGAAUAUUCAGAAAUUUCCUCCAUAUGAAAAGGUCUUGGUAUGAAAAAAUGAAACACAAUGUAUCCACAUUUGUGAUAAUUGAAAUCCCAAUAAGAGUUUAGGAACAUUUUCUAUCAAUAGAGCUGUCAGGCAACUUACUAUAGGGCAUUUUUACAUUCAUAGUUGAUUGUCAAGAUAAUCAUGCUUUGUUACAUAAUGUUAAGAGAACUUAAUUUAUCAAGAUAAAAGACUUAAGAUAGCACUUUUGACACUUGUUUCUAAAAACUCUUAUCAAUCUGUGAGUGGUGGAUUUUAAAAGUUACUUCAAGGGAAGCUAACUAAUGAAUUAUUCUCAUUAGCAUGUCUAGAGUUACGUUUUGAAAGUAAAUGUGAUGUGUUCUAAUGACAUCAUCAUUAUAACAUUGUUGAAAACCUAACACAAGAUUAUUAUUUUCGUACUAUUUACAUGA